AUGACAUAUUUAGUAUCUAAGAUUGAGGUACUUUUAUUAGAAGAGUCAUUAGACAGUCUUUGUGGUGCGUCUGCAGUUUACCUGGCAAUAGAAAACAACCUUUUACCCUCUUUCGAGUAUGUAAGAGGAGUGAUAGACCGUGCAAUUGAGAGUGGAUAUAUUAGCAUUCGAGAUCUUAAAGUGCUCAAGGUGUUGAAUAUAGAAAAGGAAUUGUACCCAGAUUGUUCUCGAGAAGAAAUAGACAAGAAUAUUGAUAAAUUAAAAUAUAAACUUGAGGCAAAAAUGGAUACAAGUCUUUAUGGCUCGCUUAGACAAACUCUCGAGAAUGUGGAUAUAUUGAAUCUUACGUGGCGUGAUCCUGAAGAUGAAAAGAUUUUAGAGUUGAUGUACGUUGAGUCUUCACAUAUCAUCUGUACUAAUUUAAAAAAAGUAGAUGAUGGUGUAAAAUUAUGGAGAGAGACAUUAGAUGGGAUGAGUUUUAUAGAUGUAUCAUGUAGACCAGUCAGAAACCAAUUUAGGAUCGUAGGGCUCCAGAUUGCUGGUACAGACUUGCGUCUCAAUGUUCUAGUAAAGGACUUGGGUGGUAUACCAAGAUAUUUCCACUUAGACCAUUCUGAAAUUCCAUUAACACCAUAUAUGUCACACACUAAAUCUCUAGUUCGUUUAUUAUUAACCUUAAGAAAUAUAAUAAUCGUUAACAAAAGCUUAUUAGUACAGGCAUUAGAACAAGCUAAUACGCAUCUACCCUGA